AUUUUGGUAUUUUUUAGGUGUUUAUAGUAUUGAGUGUAGUGUAUUUCGAGUGUUUGCCACGCACUGUCACACUUGAUCCCGUUAAUAUAACAACUCAAUCAAGAAUGUUUCUGGCACGUAACUUCACCAAAACAGCACGUACUGUUAUCUCGCGGGGCAAACAUACGCUGCCAAAGCUGCCUUACGACUAUGCCGCAUUGGAGCCAAUUAUCUGUCGUGAGAUUAUGGAGCUCCAUCAUCAGAAACAUCAUCAGACCUAUGUUAAUAACUUAAAUGCCGCCGAGGAGCAGCUGGAGGAUGCAAAGUGCAAGAGCGACACUACGAAGAUUAUUCAACUAGCACCUGCUCUUCGCUUUAAUGGCGGUGGCCAUAUCAAUCAUACGAUCUUCUGGCAGAACCUAUCGCCUGAAAAGUCGACGCCAAGCGACGAUCUAAAGAAAGCCAUCGAAUCGCAAUGGAAGAGCUUCGAAGAGUUCAAGAAGGAGCUCAGCGCGUUGACUGUUGCUGUGCAGGGCUCUGGUUGGGGCUGGCUUGGAUACAACAAGAAGACGAGCAAGCUACAGCUGGCUGCGUUGCCCAAUCAGGAUCCGUUAGAGGCAUCAACUGGAUUGAUACCCCUCUUUGGAAUCGAUGUAUGGGAGCAUGCAUAUUAUUUGCAAUACAAGAAUGUGCGACCGUCGUAUGUGGAGGCUAUUUGGGAUAUUGCUAACUGGAAUGAUAUUUCUUGCCGCUACCAGGAGGCAAAGAAACUAUCUUAGACAAUCUUUACUCAAAUGUCUAUAUGUUAAAUGUAAUCAUAUAAAAACCAUAGGUUUUGAAUGUAAUCAAAUGUUUCGGCUAAUAAAUUGAUAAUCAAUGAAGAAGU